AUUUCAUUAUUAAAAGCAUGCAACACACAAAAUGUCAAAGUACAACAGUGGACAGUCUGAGAGUAAACAUUACAGCCGCAGAAUCUUGACCAGAGGAAAACAAGUUGUCCCAGAAGACUGAGAGCUCUCCUAAAAUGAUGCCUACAGCUAAAGGCAUGUCCCGAAUGAUACCCACUCACGUUCUGAGAGUGGGUCAAACUGUCCGCCUGGACUCGGCGCAUGAGACAGUCAACCAACAUCCCAGUGUCACGGAGCCCGGCAGUAACAAUGGUGACUCUGAUCUUGAUAUUUCAAUGGAUAAUCUCAACCAGCUCAUCCUGGAACUGGAUCCAACAUUUAAACCCAUUGAUGUCAACAGGAGUCCCUUGUGCAUCAGGCCUCCAACAGACGACUCAGAUGAAGAUGUCUCCCACUGCGUGUUGGUCCCUCGAGGUUGUUCUCCCCGCUCCCUGCCCACCUUGGUCCCAUCCGUGUCACCCAGUAUACCCAUCCCUACACACAGCAAUGUCAGUUGCAGUCCCCACGGCACACUGGUGUUCUCCUGCUCCCCUACAUCCUCCCUGCCUCCGCUGCCAUUUGGAAGUGCACCCAGACGAAAUCCCUCACAAAGAAAUGACGCAACCUUUUCCCAAGGAUCCCUGCGCUUGUCACACUCAAACAGAAACAGUGCUGUCUCGCUCCUCUCCAUGUCAACAUGCUCAGACACCAGCUACAUCCUUGGCAGCAACCUGUCCCUGGCCAGUGAAGACGCUGAUGCUGACUCUCCAGAAUCCAUCCUCACUUGUGUGUCCGGCUCCUUCAGUGAUGGGUCCAGAACGAGGCAAUUUCAUGACGGGCACAGCCCAGACAAGCCCCCGCUGUUAAGGCGAGGACAUCUACAGGAGCGUCACGGCAAAGGAGUGCAGAGCAGUCCGUCUUCGCUCUCUGGGUCUCUCAACGACAUUCCUAUACUGCUCGUCAACGGUGAACCACAGCCGGAUCUGCACGUCCAGUCUCCUGGAACAGAAAUGGACUUGAUACAGACCACCCUUGUGUCCAACUCAAAGCCAUUUUCUCCUCACAGUUUCCAAGCCCGUUUUAACGGCAGCCAGCCCUCAAUGAAGUUUGUCAUGGACACUUCAAAGUUUUGGUUCCGUCCACAUAUCAACAGAGCAGAAGCUGAAGCUCUGGUAAAGGAUAAGGAUGCAGGGACAUUUGUGGUGAGAGACAGCACCUCCUACAAAGGCAGUUUUGGCCUGGCUAUGAAGGUGGACCAAAUGGCCGCCAACUUCACUGCUACCACCUACCCAGGAGAGAGCAGUUCAGAUCUUGUCAGACACUUCCUUAUUGAAUCAUCCGCUAAGGGCGUGCGCAUCAAAGGCUCUUCUCAGGAACCGUACUUUGGUAGUCUCUCUGCCCUGGUUUACCAGCACACUAUUUCUGCUUAUGCUUUACCCUGCAAAUUAAUGCUCCACUCCCAAGAUCUGGGCGCAGCAGAAGAGAGGGCAAAUAGCAAACCAGCAUCAGAUGACAAUAGAACAGCUUGUAAUUUCGUCUACCUGAAUGCUGUCCCCACUGAGACGCUGACAGGCCCUUGUGCGGUGCAGAAGGCGGUGUCCUCUACAUUUGCGAAGGCCCCGGGUUCCUUCACACCAACCAUAAUCAACCUGAAGGUGUCUUUGAAGGGUGUCACGCUGACAGAUAUCAACAGGAAGCUCUUCUUCAGACGCCAUUACCCCACUCACCUGCUUAGCUACAGUGGGGAAGAUCCAGACAAUCGACUGUGGGUGAACGGUUCCAGGUUUGGUGCAAGGAUGUUUGGUUUGGUGGCGAAAGGUGUGGAGGCUGGCAUGGAGAAUGUAUGCCACGUCUUUGCAGAAUAUGACCCCCUGCAGCCUUGCAACAAAGUCACCAAGGUUAUUCAGGCCGCCAUAGCCAAGCCGUAGACACACAAGAGACUGAGACAACAUGAUACAGCGCCCGCCUGUCUUAUACUGCGCUUUGCUCAAGUAACCCGUCCAAUAUGGUGGCCAUUGGUAAGUCUCUCCUGCUGUUUGUUAAACUGGACAAGUUACAAUACCAGCAACAUCUGAUUUAGAAGUGCUUAGGACGACCCAGACUCUGCCAUGGUCACGUGAUUACAGUCAUAUUGGUGAAAAUGUGGCAUAUAUGAAGAUAUACAAGACUGAACAGCUGUCGAUCAUGAACGUAACAGGUAACAGACAAGGAUCCAGCAACAUAUGAUUGUAAUUAAAUGUCACACUGUUACUGUUAACACAUUUGUAAAAAAAAUGUUGGUACAAACUCAACAAUAUUUUUGUUAUACUCCCAAAAAAAUUAUUUCUAUGUAAAAUGUAAUUGUAGAAAAUGUCAGAAACCAACAGCUUACAUAGAGGUUAGAGCACAUGUGUCAAACUCAAGGCCUGCGGGCCGAACCCGGCCCCUCUCAGGUUUUAAUCCGGCCUGCAUAUCAAUUGAGCUUCACAAUAAAUAUUAAUGUAGUUGUGCGCCAAACCCAAAAAGACAGGAAAGUGCUUUUCAAACUGCAAUGACUCGACACUCAAAGCAGAAUUUGGCAGAUUUGCUG